AAGUCAGUAUAAAAUAUGGAUUACCUGGGGAUUGUCUCCAGAGUGACUAGACCCUUGGAAUUGAAAAUAAAAAAAAUUCUGACCAACAUGAAAUCCGGACGGUUUUUCCUCCCAGUUCCUGAGAGAUCUCUUCUCGUCGGUGUCUUCGGGUUCCUUCUGCUCCUGACCCCUAGCUCUGCUGAAGAUUGCGCUAUAUUCCCUCAGAAGUUCGUGGAUGUUGCCAACGAGUGUGCAUCGUCUCUCACCGAAGCGGAUAUAGCAUUGAUCGGUGCAGAUCAACCAGACGGUGGAAAAUUGAAGGAGUUCGCACUGUGUUUUUACAAGGGCAUCGGAUAUUUCCAGGAUGGAGCCUUCAACGUAGACUUUGUCGUUAAUUUUCUCACACAGAGCAAGGGAAGAACCGACGUAGCAGAUCGUGUCAUUGCGCGGACCAAGCAGGACAUUGUAAAAGCUAAUGAACUUCAAGGGGAUGAGGCUGAGAGGGCUUACGCUUUCUAUCUCACAAGCUAUAGACCAGAAAUCAGAGAAGUCGCUAAUAAGUUUUGGUGUGACUGAGAAAAUUAAUACAGAAGUGCAAUAAUAUAUCAUUUUAAAAAUACUGUAAAUAAAUGUGGAAAUACAUGAGGUAAUAAAGCAUUUGAAAAUUAAAAUUA